CCGCUCAGCGGUUGCAUAGCGAAAACAGCGAAACAAAACAAAAUAAGUUAAGUAAUAUAAAUAAUAGCACUAUGGAAAUUACGCUGGCCGUGCUUAAGCCACAUGUGUGUCGCAACACAUACGCCUUGCAACAAAUCAAAGCGCUAAUUAGCAGCAAUUUCAAUAUAUUGGAAGCCAAAGAGGUGCGCAUUACGAAAGAGCUGUCGGAACGCUUCUAUGCGGAGCACAAGGGAAAGUUCUUCUACAACAGGCUAACUACAUUUAUGCACAGUGGCCCCUGCUAUGCGCUCAUAUUGCAAUCGGAGGCAUGCAUUCAAAAGUGGCGCCACCUCAUGGGUCCAACGAAAGUGUUUAGAGCUGUCUAUAGCGAACCCGACUGUAUACGUGCGCUCUAUGGACUCUCGGAUACCCGCAAUGCCUGCCAUGGAUCAGACAGUGAAGCCUCUGCUCUGCGUGAAAUAGCAAUACUCUUUCCAGAGUUUAAAAUAAAUAAAACCUGCGAGCAAACGCAUAAGGCGUGAGAGCCAUGAGAGAAACUCAAGCACACGAGCACCAAAAUGUAUUCUUAGUCAAAAAUAUGAGCAUUUGUUGUUUCAAAAACUUUAUUAUAUAAAUUUUCGUUACAUAAUACAAUUUAUACUCCGUUUUACAAGUACGUGUAUAUAGUAAAUACGUAUGUAUAUAUAAUUUAAGUAUGUAUGUAAAUAGAGAAUAGAGAUUUGUAGUUUUGUUGUUUUGUUUCUUAAGUUCCUUUGUAAAUAUGUAGAUUGUAAUAAAAAUUAUAAAAUUUAUAAACUUAACAAAUUAUAUGUACAUCAAUUGUAUGUACGUCCCUUGUAACUGGGCAUAACUGUAGUAUAUAAAUAGUAUGUGUGUUUGUAUAUAUAUCAAAUAUAAGCAUUGCCAUAAUUCUUUUCAAAUCUGGCAAGACGAGCAAGACAAUUAAGUAUAUAUAGUGUAUGCUGUAGGUUCUCUCCGAUUGUAAAUAAUAUAAUAAUCAAUUGAAAAUUCUUGCUGUUUAACAAAAAAGAAAGAGAGAGAGCGACACACUAUGCAUUUAAUAGUGUGUGCUGCUCUAACUUAUGUAAUUUAUAAGCGUUUGACGAAUUGCUUAAUAGUAUUUAGUAUAUUGUAAUUUGCUUGCUAUUCUCUUAUGUGAGUUAUUUUUGUUGCAACAUUUAUCGCCUAAGCGCUACAUCAAACAAAAAUCGGACAUUCUUUGUCUUAAGCUUAUAAAUAUCUUGUUAUUUUUUUUUUAAUUUUUAAUUUUUUGCUUUUUUUUGUUGCUAAACCUUUGGUAUCAAUUACAAUCAUUAAUGCCUAUAUGCAGUCCUACAGUUUUUCACAAUUCGGGUUACGUGUUUUUUUUUUUUAUAGUACACACGCCAAUGCUAGAAACAUUCAGUUUGAAAGAAGGGGACAGAAAGGUUUUAAGAUAGAACUUAAACUGUAGCUAAGUUGCUAUGUCUUUCUUAACGGGCUCUACAGUGAAACAUAAACAUAAAGGAUUCACUCCUUAAUAUAAUUAACAAAAUGCCAGCAGCGUGUGCAAAUUGCUAGACAUUUAUUCAGAGACUUUUGUUGUUGUGUUUCCUUUGUUGUUGUUGUUAUAGUUAUAGUUGUUGUUGUUAUUGUUGGUGGUCUGAGUUCGUUGGGCAAAGACCAAUAGUUAAGCUAAGCUAAGCUCACACAAUUUUAAGCACUAGCGCCUCCAAUUGUUUAUAAUUUACAACUAUAAUUUGAAUGCAAGCAGAACACGCUCUGAAUUUGUUUUGUUUGUUUGUUUGGUUGGGGUCAACUAUUUUUAAUAGUUAACAAACAACGACAUAACAAUUAGAAUAUUCUUAAAGCAACUUCUCUAUGUAACAUAUAAUCUUGAAUAUCUGUGAAUGUUUUGCUUUGCUUUUGCUCAUUAUUUUUUGUAAGUAUUUUGGUAAUUUCUUUGCUUUUUUUUUUUUGUUGUUUUUGUUUUUGUUGCGUCUACAGAACUAAGUACAUAUGUAAUUAUCAACAUUCCAUCAACA